AUGGCCAUGGGUGAGAAUGGGCAUCCUGAAGAAAGAAAAGACGCAAGCCACGCCCAUCACAGCCUCCGGUUUAACACCAACAAGGCAAAAAUCUCCAGCCCUAUAGAGACUGAGUGGCGCAUCAAGUCCCUGAUUGCUGUGUUCCAGAAGUAUGCUGGAAAGGAUGGUAACAACUGCAGACUCUCCAAGAGCAGGUUCCUAAGCUUCAUGAAGACAGAACUGGCUGCCAUCACAAAGAGCCAGAAGGAUCCCAGUGCCCUUGACCACAUGAUGCAGAAACAGGACCUCAGCUAUGAUGGGCAGCUAGAUUUCCAAGAUGUUCUUAAUCUUCUUGGCAGCAUGGCUGUGGCUUGCCAUGACUCCUUUAACGUGGCGACCCAUUCCCAGAAGCAAAUCUGA